UUUACGGUUUGCCACUCUUUCACAAAGGAGGUGGGAUCAGUAUGCAGCCUGACAGGAAAGUCUGAUUUAUUAUUGGCAUAAACGUCACAGCAAAGAGGAAAGAUUCAGCUACAAAACCUCAAAUGAAAGUGAAAGUUUGACAGAGCAGGAGUCGAGCUGUAAAACUGACAGGAGUCUCUCUGUGUCUCUGGAAAGAAAAGAACUUCAUCAGGCUUUUCUUCACAACAGAAACAAACACUGCACAGACAUGUCUGCUGCCAGCUGUCUGCUAUCUGAAGAUCAGUUUCUGUGCUCCAUCUGUCUGGAUGUGUUCACUGAUCCAGUCACCACAUCAUGUGGACACAACUACUGCAGAAACUGCAUCACUCAACACUGGGAUGUUAAUGUCCCAUACCUGUGUCCAAUAUGUAAAGAGGAUUUCAACACAAGACCUGAGCUGUACAUCAACACUUUGCUCUCUGAGAUGGUUGCUCAGUUCAGACAGGAAGCUCAACAGAAAGCCAGCAGCAGCAGCUCAGAGCAACAAGUUGCCAAACCAGGAGAAGUUUCCUGUGACGUCUGCACUGGAACCAAACUGAAGGCCCUGAAGUCCUGCCUGGUGUGUCUGACCUCCUACUGUGAGACUCACCUGGAGCCUCAUCUGACAGUGUCAGGCCUGAAAAGACAUCAGCUGAUGGACCCUGUGGAGAACCUGGAAGACAGGAUGUGUACGAAGCACGAUAAACCUCUGGAGCUGUUCUGUAAGACCGACCAGACAUGUGUCUGCAUGCUCUGCUCUGUUUUAGACCACAGGACACAUGAGUUUGUUCCUCUGAAAGAAGAAUAUGAAGGAAAGAAGGCAGAGCUGGAGAAGACAGAGGCUGAAAUUCAGCAGAUGAUCCAGAAGAGACGACUGAAGAUUGAGAAGAUCAAACGUUUAGUCAACUUCAGCAGGGAAAAAGCAGACAGUGAGAUCGCAGAAGGUGUUCAGAUCUUCACAACUCUGAUGGAGUCUGUUGACAGAAGCAUGAAUAAACUCAUUGAGGUGAUUGAAGAGAAACUGAAAAAGACAGAAGAAUAUGCAGGAGCUUUCAUCACAGAGCUGGAACAGGAAAUCUCUGAGCUGAUGAAGAGAAGCACUGAGGUGGAGCAGCUCUCACUCUCUGAAGACCACCUCCACCUCCUCCAAAACUUCCCAUCCCUGAAAGCUGCUCCACCCACCAAGGACUGGACAGAGGUCAGAGUCCGUCCACCAUCAUAUGAGGGGACUGUGGUGAGAGCUGUGGCUCAGCUGGAGGAGACGCUCAGUAAAGAGAUGAAGAAGCUGUUUGAGGCUGAGCUGAAGAGGGUCCAGCAGUAUGCAGUGGAUGUGACUCUGGAUCCUGAUACAGCAAAUCCCUGGCUCAUCCUGUCUGAUGAUGGGAAACAAGUGAAACAUGGUGAUGUGAAGAAAAAUCUUCCAGACAACCCAGGGAGGUUUACCAAUUGUAUUUGUGUCUUAGGAAAGCAGAGUUUCUCUUCAGGCAGAUUUUACUUUGAGGUUCAGGUUAAAGGAAAAACUGGCUGGACUUUAGGAGUGGCCAGAGAGUCGAUCAACAGGAAAGAAAACAUUCAUCUCACACCUGUGAACGGUUACUGGACGAUAUGUUUGAGAAAUGGAAAGGAUUAUAGAGCUCCGUCUGGUCCUGAUGCCUACCUCAAUGUGAAAUGGAGGCCUGAGAAGGUGGGGAUGUUUGUGGAUUAUGAGGAGGGUCUGGUCUCCUUUUAUGACGUAGAUGCUGCAGCUCUCAUCUGCUCAGUCGCUGGCUGCUCCUUCACUGAGAAACUCUACCUGUACUUUGGUCCUUGUCCUAAUGAUGGUGGUAAAAACUCUGCUCCUCUGAUCAUCACUCCUAUCAAUCGCACUUAAAGGUGCUGUAUGUGUGUUUUGCUAAUGCUAUGUAGCUGACAUUAGCAUUAACAACUGAUCACUCACCAUCUAGAAGAAACGUUGAUGGUUCUGCAUCAAACUUUGUUGCUUUACUCACAAAGACUUGUCUCCUGUGGUGAAAACCAACACCAGUGUUCAGUCUUGUUUUGCUUUUGUUUCUCUCACCUCUUUUCUUCGCUGCUGAACGUGGUUUCUUGCUGGGAGCAGGUGGUGUUGGUGGUGAUAAAGGUCGUUUGUCAAGAGUUUCAGGCAGCAUUUCGUUUUAUUCCAUUAAUUGUUCCAUCUUCUCAUGCUGGGCUGAGACUGACAAGGACUCACCAUCAUGUCUUGAGGUAGUAGUAGUAUUACAAGACAGGUCGGGCCAGGGUUAGCUGGUUAGCAUGCUAACUGCAGCAGAUAUCUCUGCAACACAACACACAGAUGUCUUUGAAAUAAAGUCUUUUUGUUGAUAACUUACAUUCUGUUGAUAAAUGUAAUUAACUUUUGAAUGUUUUAAACUAAAAUACUUUGACAUAGCACCUUUGAUAGAUAAUUAACCCUGCAUGAAAGUAAUCAGUGUCAGAUCAUAUUCGUUGGUAAUUCUCAGUGUCUUUUGUCUUUUUUUCCUCAGUUCUGAUUGAUCUAGUUGAUGCCAUCAUGUUUACCUGUAAUUUAUCCCACAAGUUUUGUCAUGCUGAUUUUUUAACCUGUGCAACCCACCAAUGUGUCUGGACACAAGUUAAAUGUAUAAAAUUACACGUAUUUUGAAUACUUACAUUGCUGAAGAUGAGGAUCCUGAAAUGAUGAUGGGGUCCUGGGUUGGGGACGGACGCCAGAACCUCCAGAAACACAGAAGAGUCUAUUAAAGGUGUUGAGGUUGGAAAUCUGUACAUACAAUGAUUUUAACUGUCUAAACGGUGCACAAAGAAGUUUGGGUUUUUGACACAACUGCAUAAAUACGACGAAAUCACGGUACAAUCAGUGUUUCUCACUUUCAUUUAAAUUUUUAUAUUUUUAUAGAAAAGAAUAAAAACAAAUGAAAGUGAA